AUGAAGUUUGAGACCCCCUGCGAGAACAGAGCAGACCAGCGUGACAAUGACUACGCAUGCGUGAUACGUCUUUACGAACACGGGGAAAAAUAUACAACACAAUUCUGCUCCGCACUUCCUGUCGAUUUCUAUCUCAGGUCCCUGGCCCAGCUGCCUGGAUUUAUCCUGACGGUGCCGCAGUCGGUGUCGGUGCAGGAGGGUCUCUGCGUCCUCGUCCCCUGCACCUUCACGUACCCAGCCCAGUACGACACCGACAAUCCCUCGUCCCAGCUCUACGGACGCUGGUACAAGGAGCCUGCUACUGGGGGCCAGGAUCCUCCCGUGGCCAGCAGUGUCCACAGCCUGUGGGUGUCGCAGGAGACCCCGGGCCGGUUCCGGCUGACGGGGGAUCCAGCGCACGGCGACUGCUCCCUGCAAAUCAGUGACGCCCGAUGGACGGAUGCCGGGAGAUAUUUCUUUAGCUUUGAGAAAGGCCUGUUAGAUCACACUUACCGCUCCAAUUCCGAUGGCACUGACCCUGCGCUCACGAUCUCUGUGCCAGGGCUGACGGAAGAGCCAGAGAUCCAGAUCUCACCGGCGCGGGGGCUACCAGGGACGCUGGUGGCCGGGCAGCCGGUGACUGUGACCUGCACAGCCCCUGGGCGCUGCUCCGGGCCCCCUCCACGAGUCACCUGGACGGGGCCGUUCAGCGACACAGCCCGGAACGUCUCAGCCCAGCUGGCGAACGGCACCUGGGCCCACAGCUCCGCGCUCAGCUUCACACCCAGCCCGGGGGACCACGGCAAAGAGCUCGUCUGCAAUGUCACCUACAGGCCACCACGGGGACCUUCCACCCGCAGAACCGUCCGGCUCAACAUCACCAACUCGCCCGUGCCCCCCAGCAUCACCGGGACCCUGACCAGGAACGGACGCCCCGUGCCAGAGGCGUGGGGAGCUGAGGGUGACGUUGUGUCUCUGGAGACCCAGGAGGGCGACUCCCUGAGCCUGAGCUGUGAGGCUGGGAGCAGAACUGAGACCACCCUGAGCUGGGCCAAGGGGAACGAGUCCCUGAGCCCCGGCCAGGGAGAGGCUGGGCACCUGGAGCUGCCGAAUCUCAGCAGAGGGGACGCUGGGGAGUAUCGGUGCUGGGCCAAGAAUUCCUACGGGUCGGCCAGCCGGGCCCUGCGUGUGCACAUGCAGAGUGAGAGUCCUACCCCUCUAGGGGGCGCCAGCUCUGACUUGGUCCGAGGGUGGGGGAUUGGCUUCCUCAGGCAGCAGGGAAUGGGGUACGGGGCUUAUCCCGUCUAG